AUGCCAGCCAUCGACGCCUCCAAGCUUCCGUGGAUCAGCCUUGGCAAGAGCCCUGUGUCACGGAGAGCCAUGAUCCAGAGCAUCAUCACGACCAACCCGACACUAGCGCUCGCCGACACUAUCAUCUGCAACACUUUCCAGGAGAUCGAGUCCGUGGCGCUGGCCCACCUCCCCAUACCGGCGGUAGCCAUCGGCCCGCUGGAGGAGCCCAAGUCAGCGGCGGCCGGCCAUUUCUGGCCCCAAGACGAGACCUGCCUCCGCUGGCUCGACGCGCAGGCUCCCGGCUCAGUCGUCUACGUGGCGUUCGGGAGCUUCACGGUGUUCGACGCGGAACAGCUCCAGGAGCUGGCCGACGGCCUGGAGCUCACCGGACGGCCGUUCCUGUGGGGGGUCCGGCCGAACUUCGCCGACGGUGUCGGCGAGGGCUGGCUGGAUGGGUUCCGGCGCCGCGUCUUCGGCAAAGGGCUCGUCGUCAGCUGGGCUCCCCAGCAGCGCGUGCUCUCGCACCCCUCGGUGGCGUGCUUCGUGACGCACAGCGGGUGGAACUCGACCAUGGAAGCGGUGCGGCACGGCGUCCCGUUGCUCUGCUGGCCCUACUUCGCCGACCAGUUCUUGAACCAAAGCUACAUCUGCGACCUGUGGGGCGUUGGGUUGAAGGUCUGCGCCGACGGGAGGGACAUUGUCACCAAGGAGGAGAUCAGGGACAAGGUGGAGCGGUUGCUUGGGGACGAGGGGAUCAAGGCGAGGACGCUGUCGUUGAGGAGCGCGGCGUGCGCCAGCGUCGCGGAUGGAGGGUCCUCGCAUCAGGAUUUGAUCAAGUUAGUGAAUCUGCUAAGAGAAAAUUAG